GAAGAAGUGGGCCACAUUUUUGUCUAUUGGGGAAGGAGCAGGCAAGCAAACGUUCACUGGUGUUGGAACUUGCGUUCCCCGGUAAACAAGUUUCGCCUAAAACACUUUGGUCUGCUCCUAGUCCCCACACCCACAUGACUCUGGUUCUCUUUUUCCACUAUACUAACUCAUGAUAAAUACCCCCCCUCCACUCUACCCCAUAAUCCACACUACAAAAAAAAUAAAAUUAAGUUUAGUUUGAACAAGGUGCAAGCAAGAGAAGCAAAAUAAUGGCCAUCAAAAAAUCCAAUAAACUACCACAAGCUAUUGUUCUCAAGCAAAUUGUCAAGAGAUGCUCAAGUUUUGGCAAGAAGCAGACCUACAAUGAAGAGGGUCUUCCUGAUGAUGUGCCAAAAGGCCAUUUUGCGGUCUAUGUUGGAGAGAACAGGACCAGAUAUAUUAUCCCAAUUUCAUGGCUGGCUCACCCUCAGUUUCAAAUUUUGCUCCAAAGAGCUGAGGAGGAGUUUGGCUUCAACCACGACAUGGGACUUACCAUACCAUGCGAUGAAGUUGCAUUUGAGUCAUUAACUUCCAUGAUGAGAUGAGAAAGGAGAGGGACUACUACAACAUAUUUGAGAAACGGAGGAUUAUCAUCAUAAUUCCCUUGUCAAGUGGUGAUUUACUAGUAAAAAAGUCCCAUUGUCUAGUGGAGGUUAUGACUUGGUCGCUACUAUUAACAUUUUACGUUUGGUGUUGUAAUUGUAUAUAGUAUGGAAGAUAGAUAUAUAGAUCGAUGUCCAAUUAGUUUUUCCUUGGCAGUGUUAUUUGUUUCUUUAAUGAGUGGUGAUUUAAAUGAAGCAGUGUUGUUCAUGGGGGGUAUUACCCCGUUGAAUAUUUUUA